AUGUCUUUAGUAAGUAGUUAUUUUCCAUUACCAAGUAUUUAUGAACAUUACACUAAUGGAGGCGUCUACAGUGGAUUAGACUCUAGCAAGCCAUAUUUCACAUUAAAUGGAAAAAAUAUCACCAUAUAUAGCGGUGCUAUGCACUACUUUAGGGUACCAAGGAAAUAUUGGAGAGAUAGGUUGAGAAAAAUGAGAGCUACAGGCUUAAAUACAGUCGAAACCUACGUACCAUGGAACCUCCACGAACCUCAACAAGGUCAUUAUGAUUUCGGCGAUGGGGAUUCAGACAUGCAAGACUUUCUGAACAUAACAGAAUUUUUGAAAACAGCCCAAGAAGAAGACUUAUUGGCCAUAGUUAGACCUGGACCAUAUAUUUGUUCGGAAUUUGAAUUUGGCGGGUUUCCCAGUUGGUUAUUAAGAUAUGUGGAUAUUAAAUUUCGAACCUCGGAGUUUAAUUAUAUGAAGUUUGUAGCAAGGUAUUUUAAUAUUUUGUUGCCAAUAUUGGCAGCGCUGCAAUUUUCAAAAGGGGGUCCAGUGAUAGCAUUUCAAGUAGAAAAUGAAUAUGGUAGUACAGAGAAACUUGGGUUUUUUACUCCAGAUAAACUAUAUUUAAGGAAACUCCGAAAACUCUUCAUAGACAACGGAAUAGUUGAACUUCUAGUCACUAGUGAUAGUCCCACCGCGCAUGGCAGUAUUGGUACCAUUCCAGAAGUAUUUUUGCAAACUGCCAACUUUGCAGCUAAUCCUGAAAUUGAGUUUUUGGCUUUGAAGCGUUUGCAGCCUAAUAGGCCUGUAAUGGCUAUGGAAUUUUGGACAGGAUGGUUUGAUCAUUGGGGUGAAAUACACCAUGAAAGAGACAACCAAGAUUUCUAUAAUAAUUUUGAAAGAAUCCUAAAAUAUCCGGCUUCGGUAAACAUGUACAUGUUUCACGGAGGCUCAAAUUUUGGAUUUCUUAAUGGAGCCAAUUUGGCCAACGACAGAACAGAUAAUUCUGGCUACCAACCUGAUAUAUCUUCCUAUGAUUAUGACGCACCCUUAACCGAAAGUGGAGAUUAUACCAUAAAAUACGUGAUGGUGAAACAACUGAUUUCAAAAUACAACCCUGUACUUACUAGGCUACCAAAAACACCCAGUAUUACUUACAAAGAUGCCUAUGGACCAGCAAAUAUCCAGAGACAGCUUGUAAUGCGUGAAAUUUGGGAUCAAGUUGAUUUUAGAUUUUAUUCGGACGUGGUUUUACCUAUGGAAUAUUUGCCAAUAAAUAACAUGUCGGGACAAAGUUAUGGUUAUACCGUUUAUAGAAAGAAAUUACUUGGUAAUUUUUAUAAUAAAAAAUCUGCUUGUAAUAAUAAGGCUCUUUUAGAUAUACCAUCAAACUCGAUAUUGACCAUUGCUGGUAGGAUAUGUGAUAGUGCCAUCAUUUUGGUUGAUGGGGUACUGCUCUCAAAACCUUUAGAGCGUACUGAAGAUUUGAACGGUUUUGGAUUUUGGAAGCAAAAUAAUUCCAAAUUAAACCUUGGUUCUCAAGGCCGAUAUGGUGCUACUUUGGAAAUAAUCGUUGAAAACUGGGGUAGAAAUGGAUUCGGUUACGUAGACCAGUUCUAUCAACUUAAAGGUCUAUGGCAAGGUGAAGUUUUCCUUAACAAUUUACAAAUUUCAAGUUGGGAAAUUAUUCCUUUGGAGUUUAAGAAAUCAUGGAUCAAAAACCUAUCAGGUUGGCACACCCCAAAAUGCUUUCAAGUUCCAGGACCUGCUCUACACAAAACAAACGUCUACGUAGACACACCAAAAGAUACUUUUAUAGAUAUGCGCAAAUGGUGCAAAGGUAUUGUGAUAGUAAACAAUUUUGUACUGGGAAGAUACUCGAAAAUUGGACCUCAGCAAACUUUGUACUUACCAGCACCAUUUUUAGAAAAAGGAUUAAAUGAAGUUGUAAUUUUUGAGCAUUACAAGCCUUAUAAUAGGGUGGAGUUUUUGGAUCAUCCUGUAUAUUUAACUAGAAGUUCUAGGAUGAGGGAUAUUGAAUUGAUGUGA